CGGCCGCCACCACCGCCGCGGCGGCGCGUGAGCUCGAUGAGUGAGCGAGCCUCGUGCUCAGAGUAAGCGCCGAUAAGGUCGGCGAGAGCGGGCAUGGCGUGUGAGAGUUGGGGUUGAGGUGUGUAGAGUGUUGAGGAGUGGCCGGCGUGUGAUGAAGGCCGGGUGCGUGUGUCUGGGAAGCAAAAUGGAUGUAUCCACGCUGCGACGUUAUGUACCUGCUCAGGCCACCGCGGUGGCGCGAGACGAUUCCGCGCUCCGCUGCUCCAGUGCCCGCAAGCGGCUGGCGGCCGUAAGGCCGCGUUGCCAAGGCGGGCAGCAGCCGAGGGCCGCCGGCUGCGAGCGGCUGCCAAGCGGGGACCGCGGCUGCGUCAUCGGCCUUGAUCGGCACACUGCUCCAGUGCCUGGCUUCUGCGCACCGCGUGGACGGGCGCGUGAGCGAGCGACAAGCCGCGGAAAGCGCGAGGAGGCUGUGCCCCCGCCAUGAGCUAGCCUCACCGCCGCGUCACCGCCAUCCGCGCCCCUCGUGGGCGUUCCGAUAUGCAGACAGCGGGCGCAGCGCGGCCGUCGUGCUGCGUUGCUGCCGAUGCAGGACAGCAGCCGGGGAUCUCGUGCUCCCAC